AUCGUUAUUGUUUUUCCUUAGUUUUUUUUUUGUUUCAUUUUUUUCAUCGAUAAUCAAAAUCUUUUAUCAAUUAUUGUUCAAAGGAAUUGGUAUUAAAUAUCCUUUAUUUUCCUUUAUUUAUAUCUUCAGCCUCAUCAUCAUUAUCAUUAUCACUGUUAUAAUCAUUAUCACCACCAUCACCACUUUCAUAUCGUAAUUCAAUAAUGUCUAGCUACGAUCUAAAAGACUACCUUAAUGAUGCUUUAGAGAGAUUAUACUCCCCUGAACCUUCCUCAAUUCAUGAUGGUUUGCAAAGAUUAGAUGCUUUAUUAGGCCAACUAUGUCUUGCAAAAUCUUCAUCUUCACCUACAUCUGCUUCAUCAUCCUCUUCGUCAUCUUUGUCUUCCACCUUAAACUCAACUACAAAAAUACACUCCAAUUCAACAUACAAUACAAAUAAUAAAAGUAAUAUAAGUAACAUGUUGAAUAAUCAAUCACAUAAACUAUGGAGAGUCCCCACUAUCGACGACCCAAUUUUUGGUAAAUUUAUCAAGCUACAAGACACUUUUGAAUAUAACGUCGCUUCUGCUAUAAUAUCCUGUUUAUUCAGAAUGAACUUGAAUAACAAUCUUAUAUCAAUGAAAAACGACUAUCCUCAAGAAUUUAUAAUUUUGGCUCAUAAAGUCCUUCAAGGUGUACUAUUAUUACACCCUAAUUCAAGAAACUUGUUUAAUCGAGAGUGCAAUAUGAAACUAUUACUAUCAUAUCUAAAUUAUUCCCCUAAAAAUAAAUAUCAACCUUUAGUUAUAACAACUGCUAUUCAAACUCUAGUAUGCUCUUUAGUUCGAAGUAUUAAGAAUUUAAGAAAUUUUGAAAAAUUCGAUGGUAUUAAAAUUAUCUGCAAUUUGUUUGUCAAAAAAUCAACCAAUAAAGAAAUCAAAGUCAAAAUAUUAGAAUUCUUGUUUUUUUACCUAAUUCCCGAAACUUCCUUUAAUAUAGAAAAAUCUUUUGAAAUGAAUUUAAAUGAAAGCUAUAUCCUCAACCAGUCAAAAGUCCUCUACAAAGAUGGUCUAAUUAGAAGAACAAUGGAAGAAAAAGCUGGAAUAUUAAAACAAUAUAUAAGAAAUGUCGAUGCGAUAGUUCAUGAAUUGAUAUCAAGUAAACCUUUUGGAAAUAUGGAAAUUGAAUGGUAAUUCAAUAUUAAUUCAUCGCAAGUUUAGUAUUAAAUAAUAGCUAUUCUUGUUCAUUCUUAUUUAUUCUUAUUUAUUCUUUUUCAUUCUUUCACUAUCAUUUCUAUCUUUAUUUUUCAGUUUUUCUUAUAUUUUAACCUAUAUAUCUAUUUUUUUUUUU